AUGCGCUUUUUAAGACGUGUGGUACCGGGUCGCGUUCGCUUCCCUGGUAGCGACGUGGCGUGUGUGUUGAGCACUCGAGCCACUGCCUGCGUUCCAGCAGCGAUACGCAGCGCUUUGGUCGGCCGCCGCGGCUUACAUACAGUUGAGAGCAUCCGUUCCAGGCUUGCUACGGUAUCAGCUCCCAUCCGAGUGCCCGAGCGUUCGAACGUACGCCUGGUCAAGGACCACGCCGAAUUUUACAGUGCCGUCUAUUCCAUUCCGGAUCGCGAACGCGUACAGUCAGAUGACUUGGUUGUGUCUGUGUUCGUGAGCCAGCAGAACACCGCGUCUCUAUCGGUGCUGGACUGCGUUGAUCGUCUGUCCCGAGAGUAUCCUGGCAACAAGUUUUUGGUGAUCGACGCCGACCAGGUUCCUCGCGCGGCGUACGACGCGGACCUGCAACAGUUCCCUGCCGCGCUUCUGUCUUUCGGCGGUGACGUAUACCGCCGCCUGGUGCAGGAGACCAACGGAUACCCGUCGGGCUGGCAGGCUGUGCCUCAGUGGGAGUUGCCCUCAUGCGGCACCGACAGCCAGUCGCCGGUUGAGUGCACUCUGCCCGAGGCAUUUUACACUUCCGUGAAGCGGGAGAUCGAGUCGUUUGCCGGUUCAUUCCACGGUCAGCCGAUUGCCACGCUGAAGUCGCGUUCUGGCACGCACAGCUACACGCACGGUAUCGACACCGACAACCUCAACGUGAAGCGUGUCGGCUGGCCAACCGAGUAG